AUGACCACCCCGGAGCAAGACGGCGCCGCACGCCUUGCGGCACGGAAACCCAUCCCGAAACCAGUUCCUGCCUAUCUCCCCACAGCCGGAUCUCCCCUCUCUGUCGACAAAAACCUCUACUCAACCAUCCAACAAGCUGCCCGCAUCCUCACCGACGAAUUCACCAUCCCUAUCCGAUCCGGCCGCGCCUGGACUGCCUCCGCCGGCUCCAUCAUCCGCAUAUCCACCCCCGAAGGUCCUCAAGUUGGCGAUCUCAACAUCUGGAAUCUCCACAACCCCCGCGAGCGCUUCUGGGCCUCGCGUACCAAACAGCUCCAUGCCUCGCACGUAUCAACCUACGACCGGCUCUGGUCUAACUUACCCUUCAUGCGGCCCAUGCUAACCAUCAUCGCCGACACGCUGUCCUGGUACGGACAAGAUGAGCAUGGGGGCAGGGUGCAUGACCUCUUGGGGACGAGAUGUGAUCCGUAUAUUAACAACGUGUUGAGUGGCGGCGAGUUUGACUUUCAUUGCCACUCGAACCUGACAAGGGCGGUGAUGGAGUAUGGCUUGAACGAGGGGGAUGUGCAUGAUGUUAUCAACCUGUUCCAGGUUACGGGUUUGGAUGAGAAGGGCAGGUAUUUCAUGAGUCCUUGUCCGGCAAGCAAGGGAGAUUUUGUCGAGUUUUUGGCGGAACAGGACGUUUUGAUGGCGCUGAGUAGGGCCUCCGUUUCCUUACUAUUCUUUGCACUUGGUGUCUCCCUUUCAGCUCGUGUGUGCUCUUCGACAAAACGUCUUGCUGACUCGAUUUUGACAUAG